UUUGCUUCAAAAAUCGAUGCCAUGGCGGAUGAGGUCGACGAGGAAUAUGGAGGCAGACCUCGUGUCGAAACUGGUGGAGGAGACGGGUGGAAAAAAUGUCUUUUUAUCUUCCUUGGAGUCGGAAUUUUGCUCAUGGUAAUCAUCUUACCCAUUGGCUUUGUUGGUGUUGAGUAUUAUCAGCUGGGACUGCGGAAGCAAAGGUCAACAGGGAAGGUGAAGCUAGAUAAAGUGUACACAUCAGGCCGAUACUUGAUUGGUCCAGAUUAUACAUUCAAAACAUUUAGUGCUGAUGCUCAUUACGAGGAGCUCAAGAAGAUUGUGACAUUCUCUAAAGACAAGGUGGAAGUGGAGAUCACUUGUGCCAUGCAGUACUUCCUUCGUCCAGAAGACCUGAAGGAUAUGCACCAAGAGUAUGACUUAUACUACAGGCCUGUAGUGCGGACAACAGCUAAUGCAGCCAUCAAGGGUGAAGCAUCCAAGCUGUCUGUGUCACAGUUUAUAAGAGACAGGGAGACUGUGGAGCAGGAACUAUUCAAGGCACUUAAAGCAAGACUUGAAGGGACCUGCUGCCGUAAAGACUGUGAGACAUACAAGUGUACUCCUGGAUGUGUUGAACAUUCAAGAUGUAACACAACCCAGAAAGGACUGUUUGUAGAAGUCAGAUACUUUCAGUUCCUGGACUUUGACAUUCACUCUGAUGUCAAGAGCAGGUAUCUACGGCAGGUUACUGAGCGAGAACAGGAGGAGCAGGCUCAGUAUGAACUAGAGGAGAAGGUUGUACGUAAAGAAACUGAACGUCUCAAGAAUGAAAUCAACAAUGCUGCCAUGGAAAUCACACAGAAUGCCACAGCUGAAGCCACGAUCAUUCGUGCUAAAGCGCAUGCUGAGGCACUUCUGACGGUGGAGAAGGCACGUGAUACAGGCCUGUCCUACAUUUACCAACAGCUGAAUAUCACAAAGGAAGAACACAAAUCUUCUUUCAACUAUUUGCGCACACUUCGAGGACAGAAAAAUGCCAAAUUCAAUGUUGGCUACAACACUCUUAUGGCAAAGAACUGAACUGUGAUAUAAUUGUUCUUAGCUAAACUUAGAUGUUUACAUAAACCCGUUGAGAUGUAAUUCAUAAAUGUUAACAAAGAAAUUAAAACAUGUCUGAACAAGCUGCACAUGCAGACAUUAACAUCAGAUUUUGUCACUGACACUCAGGAAAAAAAAAAAUCCUUUUCUUCUUAACAAAGUUACAAUGUAAGCCAUAGCCACAUCUUAUAUGAUGUAUAUAUGGGUGUAACCCCCUCCUCCUCCUGGCAACCUCCCCAUUUGAAUGCAUUCAACUGAAUCUGGAUUCCAGCACACUAACCAACAGGCUCCCGUGCACACAUAUCAGAUGAUACUUGUAUAAAUGCUCCUUUAAAACAGUUGAUUAAAGGCAUAGGAUACAGUAAACAACUUUAUUGAAUUGCACACAUUGAUGGUAUUACAACAAUGGUUUAAUGUUGAUGGCAAACUUUUUAACAACGAGAAAACCAUGAGAAAAAAAAAAAACUAAUAG